UAUAAUUACGUGCAAGGUCGGUGCACCUAAUUUUGCAGUUGUACCGAAAAGAACGAGAACGGUCUGGUGGAAGUGACCACUGGAUUCAUAUUCUCCCCCAUUGAAGCCUAAACCCUAGGAUUUCAAACGCAUCGCUUCUACUUCACGGUUCUUCUUAUCCGAAGUUUGAAUCAGGGCUAUUCCACAAUUCCAUACUGGGAGUCUGACAAUAACAAGCCUCGUCCAACUAAUCUUUCCCUCUAUGAGUUGAGGCAAGUUCAAUUAUGGCAGACAUGCCAGGUUAUUUGAGAACCUGCUUACAAACUGGGAAACUCUUUUUCUUGGCAAUUUUGGUUUCUGGAGGGAUUGUGUUGCAAGUUUUGGCAUGCGCUUUGUACGAUAAUUGGUGGCCAUUGCUAACAGCAAUAAUGUAUGUGCUUCUUCCCAUGCCUCUGUUGUUUUUUGCGGGUUCUGAUAUGUCCUCUUUCAUUUCUGAAUCUUCAAACAGCUGGGUGGAUGUGAGUAAGUUCUUGACCGGGUUUUCAGCUGUUGGCAGCAUUGCCAUACCAUCUAUCUUAAAACAUGCCGAUAUUAUUGGUUGGGGAGCCCUGGGAAUGCAACUUGCUUCCUAUUUGGUAUUUGUUUUAGCCAUAAUAUGUUUCAUUCAAAUGAAUGAUGAUGAUGAUGGAUACAGUAGUAUCUUCUGAGACAUGUUCCAACUCCGAGGCCCUGCCUUGUUUGUGUAAAUUAGGUAUUGAUACUAGUUCAAGUUGAUGAAUAUUUUUCAUUCAUUGCCAUGAUUUUGUGUUUGAUAAUGUUAUUUGUUUGGUAAUUUAAGUGUCCAUGGCGUGAAAUGUUAUUUCA